AUGGCCCCAAUCGGCAUCAGUAUUCCCCAGCUCACCACGUUCAGCACACCUAGCAAAAUCGAGGUUGUUGGUAGCACCCAGGUUCGCAGAGGUGCUGGCGUGCUGCUGGGGCUGACCGGAGGGGCUAAGAGGGCCGACCUGCCACACCUGGUUGAAGCUGGUCCUCCCUGGAGGGAGCUGGAUGGUGGCGCGUAUGAUCAUCUCCUGGCCGUCCCGAAACUCAGCGGAGAGGGAUGGGACUUGGAAGCUGAGGGAGUUCUGCUGGAGGGUGGUGCGGUAGUCAUUGAGGGCGAUGGCGGAGGUGUAUGCACGAGGAGUGGAGGAGGAGGGGUCCACCAAGGCCACAAGGCACUGGGCACCGCUCAUGCCUCUGCCGCCCGGAUUUAG